UUUUGCGUACCACGGCGCUCUCGUACCAUUCCUGACAUGAACACGGCUUGGAUCGAGAUAUAGUGAUCACGGUCAUGGCGUUGGCAAAGGCAGUUUUGCUCCUGUGUUUGGUCCACCUGUGCGCCUUGGUGACCUCCUUCGACUUGACCAUCUUGCACACCAACGACGUGCACGCCCGCUUCGAGCAGACGAGCGGCGAGUCCGGCGGGGUAUGCACGGCCGAGCUGGCGGCGGCCGGAGCGUGCUACGGCGGGGAGGCCAGGCGGGCCACCAAGGUCAAGGAGAUCCGGCAAAGCGAGCAAAACGUUCUGCUGCUGGACGCCGGCGACAGGUUCCAAGGGACCGUAUGGUUCUACGUGUUCAGAGGACAGGCUUCGGUGCACUUUAUGAACAUGAUGGGGUACGAUGCAAUGGCACUCGGAAACCACGAGUUCGACAUCGGCAUUGAAGGUCUGGUGCCCUUCCUUCAAAAUGCCACCUUUCCCGCCCUGAGCUGCAACAUCAACAGCUCGGGCGAGGCAGCGAUGAGUGGACUGUACGCUUGCCAGUCGACGGUAACGCUAGCGAGCGGGGACCGAGUAGGCAUCGUGGGUUACACCUUGGUAGACACACCGAAGUACUCGAAAUCGGGUAACUUAAUUUUCAGUCCCGAGGUCGAUUCCCUGCAGCCGGUUGUCGAAAGCCUCACUAAAAGCGGAGUCGACGCGAUCAUAGCACUGGGCCAUUCCGGUAUCGAUACUGAUAUCGAGAUUGCUAAGAAAGUGCGUGGUGUCGAUGUGGUGAUAGGUGGCCACUCGAAUACGUUUAUGUACACAGGUUCGCCUCCAUCAAGUGAGUCACCGUACAGUGAGUAUCCACUGAUAGUGAGGCCGGACCACGACCCCGCGGCAACCGUGCUGGUCGCUUCAGAUUACGCUUACGGAAAGUACCUUGGUCGACUUGAUGUGACUUUCAACAACGAGGGCGCUGUCUCGAAUUUUGGCGGGAACCCGAUUCUCCUGGACAACAGCGUUCCGCAAGAUCCCGAAACGCUGAACGCCGUACUUCAGUGGCGCCAAACAGUGGAUGUGACCGCCAAUCAAAUCGUUGGUAGCACGCUGGUACCCUUGCGUGGUAACGAAUUCUGUUACUUCACUGAAUGCAACAUGGGCAACCUCCUGGCGGACGCCAUGUUAGGACCCCACCUCAACAGAACCCCUGGAUCGUGGAGUAGCGUAGCAGUUGCCCUGACUACCACCGGAAGCGUCAAAGCAAACGAAGUGAAAAAAGGUGAAAUCACCACCAAUGACCUCCUGUUGAACAUGCCUUACGGUAACACUAUUGACGUCCUCGACCUCAGGGGUCGACACCUUUUGGAAGUAUUGGAGCAUUCGGUGAGGAGAUACGAGGCUGGUGGGAGUGCUGGAGAGUUCCUACAAACGUCAGGGUUACGGGUAUCGUAUGACGUCAGCCGCCCCAUAGGGGAUCGGGUUCUCAGCGCGCAUGUCCGCUGCGCCAACUGUGAUGUCCCUUCGUACGAACCUCUCGACAUGGAGAGGGUGUACAGAGUUGCAAUGAACAGCUACAUGGCGGGAGGUGGAUACGGCUUCUCGAUAGAUGAAAACAAACUCAGUCAUGUCAGAGGUGACCUGGAUGUAGACGUUACGUCAGACUAUCUCCAGGCUUACUCUCCAAUCAAAAUAGGCGUUGAGGGUCGCGUGACCAUUUACGACGGCGACGCACCAUGUUAUCAGGAUCCGACGACAGGAGCUGGCAGAGGUUUAAAGGGGCAAUCGUUCUUGAUAUUGAUUUUAUGGUUUAUUUACCCUCGCUUACUUUAACAUGGGAGCUACUUUACUUUACAAACGGAUUCUAUAAAUUUGGUGUUCUGUGUCCACGUAAUGUUCAAACUGACGACGGUGACUGACGUCAGUUUUCACAAUUUGCAACGUCCCUUCUGAGCUACCGUAGGUGUGAGGUUUUUGUUUUCGCUAUUGGAGGAGGUAUUUUGGAGCUGCUAAGUUCCCCCUAAAUGAUGGUAAAGUACUACACCCGUAAUGUACUAGACCCGUAAAUAGGGCCCAACGUAUACACCUUCGUCGAUAUCAACAGAGUAUACGUAGGGCCCUGUUUACGGGUCUAGUGAAGAACUAGUUCUGGGUAGGUACUCCCUUCCGGACGGGAGAGGAGAGAUGCGUGGGGCCGGUCACUGAUGCGUGGAAAUAAUAUGGAAGUAAAAGUUGGAAUGACUUACACACAAAGUUCAAGGGAACGCCUAUUGGGGACUUUUAAGCCCAUGUUUUCUGCACAGUUUUGGGUAACUUUUUUGUAAAAACUUUUGAAGGGUGAUUUAGACGCAAAGAUUUAAUGGGGAAGGG